AUGAAAUGUCAAGAAUUUAUUUUAUUAUUAGAUCAUUUAAAUUUAGAUAAGAACUGUCUAAUUAGAUUAGUAUAAAGAUCAAUCUAUCAUAAACUAAAGAAUUUAAUUGAUUCUGACCCCAAUUCGAAUUGGACGAAUAGAUUAUCACAACUGUAUCAAACAUGA